AUGUCAGAGACUUCAAACAACAAGAGCAAAACCCAAGAUAAUAAAUCAAGCAGCCAAGCCCCUGCUGUUGCAGCUUCCCUCGUUCCUACUCAACCAUCACCACUCAGUUCGCGUGAUAAGACUACCAAAAGAUUGAUUGUAGUCUUAUCACAAGCGUGUUUGGAAACUCACAAGAUGAACACCGGUGGUCCAGGAGGUGAUAGAUUUGCCUUGUUGAAUUGUGAUGACCAUCAAGGUUUAUUGAGAAAGAUGGGAAGAGAUAUUGCCGAAGCAAGACCAGAUAUAACUCAUCAAUGUUUAUUGACAUUAUUGGACUCUCCAAUUAACAAGGCAGGGAAAUUACAAGUAUAUAUCCAAACCGCAAGGGGUGUUUUAAUAGAAGUUAACCCAAGUGUUAGAAUUCCUAGAACUUUCAAGAGAUUUUCUGGUUUAAUGGUUCAAUUAUUGCAUAAAUUAAGUAUUCGUUCUGAAAAUUCCAAAGAAGUCUUAUUAAAAGUUAUUAAGAAUCCAAUUACUGAUCAUUUACCUACCAAAUGUCGUAAGAUCACUUUAUCAUUUGACGCAGAAGUCAAGAGAGUUCAAGAUUAUGUUUCAACAUUAGAUGAAGAUGAAAGUAUAUGUGUAUUCGUUGGUGCUAUGGCCAGAGGGAAAGAUAACUUCGCAGAUGAAUUUGUUGAUGAAAAGAUUGGUCUUUCAGACUAUGCAUUAUCUGCCUCAGUUGCAUGUUCUAAAUUCUGCCAUGGUUGUGAAGAUGUUUGGAAUAUUUACUAG